AUUACUGCCUGUUCUGGCGCUGGCCACCUACAACUGAACCUUUUAAUUUCCGUUUAUGGCCGUAUGUCCUGGGCGUUGCAAAACGGAGCGGGUGGCCUUAGUGACCUGGAAAUCGAGGGAAGGGAAGGGAAAGGGAGGGGGAAAGAAAGCGCUCACAGUACGGUGGCCACGAGGGAACAAGAAGAAAAUGGCGGCCGCCUUAGCAUCGGCGGCCCAAAGAGUCUGCAGCCCCUGGAUCUGGAGAACCGCGUGGAGAGGCUGUGCCUUCAUUCCAUCUCAUGGAGCCCAUUGCCAGUACACGACAUUGGCAAAUGCUUUACAGAAACAUUGCUAUGUUUCUGCACCUCCCAGCGUCACAGUGCAACAGUACAGACAAAGCAGCUUUUUCGGCAAAUUGACAGCUGAUGAAAUCUGGAAAGCAGUUGUGGCACAGUCUAGUUCAAGUAAAAACAGAGCAAGAGGCAAAAGGACCAAGAAGAAGAUAAAACUGAAUCUCAAUAGAGGCCAGAUGAUCGGUGAAGGAAGAUCUGGGAUCCUUUGGCCCGGCCUCAGCGCCCCCAUCUUAAACCAGAGAAGCACGCUGGGGAUUCAACGACGAGAAAAAGAAGAGCAAGGGAAACUAAUGUCGGAAAGGCUGAUAAAGCGGGAGGAAUGGGAGAAGAAAAUGAGACGGAAGGUGAAGAAAGAGAGAGGCUUUACUGGAGCCUCCUGGAACGGUAUCAGUCUGGGACACCCUGAUCCAAGCCCUGAUGGAGAAACAUAUGAAGAUUUUGACUCCACGCUGAUUGAGCUGAAAACGGUAUCUACCAUGACAGCCAAGGAAGGAAGAAGAAGGUCCUUUAGUGCCCUGGUGGUGGUUGGGAAUAAAAAAGGGGCUGCUGGUUUUGCACUGGGGAAGGCCAAUGUAAAGCAGAAUGCAUUGAGAAAGGCAAAGAACAAAGCCAUUCAUAAUUUACACUAUAUUGAAAGAUACAAUAAUCACACAAUUUAUCAUGAUAUUUCAAGCACUUUUCACCAAACAACCAUCCGGAUGAAGAAGCAAAGCAAGGGAUAUGGCCUUCACUGUCACCGAGCUAUCAUUGCCAUGUGCAAACUGAUUGGUAUUGAAGAUAUGUAUGCCAAGCUUUAUGGAUCCAACAAUCCACUGAAUCUUACUAAGGCUUUCUUCAAAGGCUUAGCAAAUCAGAAAACUCACCAGAAGCUGGCAGAUGAGAAGAGUCUCUACGUAGUAGAAUUUCGGGACGAAUGUGGCCCACUGCCCAUCGUUGUUGCAAAGCCCCAAGGGCCGGUGAGGGAAGAUCCUGAGCCUGAGGAUGAAGUUUCUGAUAUCAUACCAGAGUGGAGAGAAGUGAAGGCUGCCCAGGGAGCAAAGAGUCGCUGGGCAAAUCUCAAAAGAACAAUUUGGUGAAGACGGCUGAAUGUUUUCGCUGUGCGGCCUCUCAACGGCUGCUGCUGCAGCAACUUAGUAGCCGAAAAGAACUUGGUCAUGCCUUUCCCAUUUCCCAUCAUUUUGAACGCAAAUGGUGGGUGUGCCUAUGGACGAGAGGGAGAACUUUUGUCUUGCGGGUCAGGAAAGCAGGUAUGGUGAAGCUAUCAAAUAACACACUUCGAAAUAAAGUUGUAAUCAAAUGCCA